AUGGAACGCGUAGAGACCCAAGCUACACCCAUGCCCGAACGUGCUCGAACAGGUACACCCCCGAGCCUCUGCGUCGCGCGGCAGCUUACGGCGUCACCUUCGCGGCUGAACGCGUCGUCCCAAGCCUCGACCUCACGCGACGUACAGAGCCCCUCCCCAGUCCCCAACUCGCCGGGCAGUUUAUUGUCGACCGUCACCGGGAAUACGGAAUCGACAGCGGCGAGCCAGAUCGAGCAUGCGAGGCCCGAGAAGCGUGUCAGCUAUUACGUGCUUUCGCUCGACGAGAUGUUGGACAAGGUUCUUGAAGCCGAAGCUUUCCUCUUUGACGCGAGCGAACGCGACGCCCUGCACUAUAUUCGUUCGCUUGAUUGCAAGUCGAACCCUAUCACCGGUCAAUCGCGAAGAUGUCUUGCCAUGACUGACCUGGCGUGUACCGCACUUUCGGCUAGAUCAAGUGAGGUACCUGCUCGUGCGACUGUAUCUUCGCAAGGCGGGAUGGAUUCGCGUGGAUUUGAUCGGGUACGCCAACGACAUCGAUGAUGUGCACGGGACUGCCCGCGUUCUAGGACGUGUGCGCGAUCUUGCACCCGAUUCGGCACCGGCUAUCACUCCUCCUAGCCCGAAAUUUCCGAGCUUGAAGCGGGACGUCGGUUCCCGGACCAGAGCGGAUCCAAAUGUGGUCGACUUGACGGCAACGGAUGACGAAGACGACGAGGACGCGGGCGGUGGGGGCAGCAAAGAUAACGGCGAAGCACACGAUAUACUGUUCUUGGAUCAAAAUGAGCUACCACAAGUUCUCGACCUGAAGCAAAUUUGCUGGAACAGCGACGAUCUCGCGAAUGCGAGCCCGGACGUUGUGCUGAGCUUGUUGACCAUGGACGAGCUCGUGGCGCUUGGAAAAGGGAUGAAAGUAAAUCCGGGGAAGGGACUUGUGAGUUGACAGCAGAGCGAGAUGUCUAAGCCUACGAUCCACCCCAGCUGAUGGCCGGGCCUGGCUCCAGAGAGGUGACUGGACGUCCGCCCUCCUUCGAACUUCCAACCAAGCGACACUUUGCUUUCUGCCGAGCACGUCGCGAAGCAAGGAGAAUGCUGUCGAGGCUAAGCGGCCCGCAGCGUUCGGAGUCAGCUACGAUUCUCUCGGGAACAAGCUCAAAGCGUCCAGUGUCGUGUCCCGCCGAGCUCUGGCUACCAUUGGUUCGUCAGUGGCUCGCGAAAUUCCCGCAUUAUGCCCGCCACUGACCGAUCUGAGAACGGUCUCUUUGCAGGGGAGGUCGUACAUCUGCAUCCGUCGUAUCGUGCACUGCUAGAUCGCCUAUGCCUAGUAUACCACCGCACAUCGUACACAUCCGGCUCCUCCGCUUCCUCCUUCACAGCCAAUCUUCUGGCGCGAUUCGGGAAACGGCAUUAUCCGGUGUAUACGGUGCGAAGGACGUUCUCAAUCUUCGCGUCUCGUGCCAUACUGAGGCAGUACGAACGCGCACUCGAGGUCGAGCGCACAAUCGAGGAAUACCUGGGCGAUGCAGGAUGGGGCUCAUCGUCAGCUCCUACCCCGAGCCGAGCCGCCAUCGCCGCAGAGCGAGCCAAGUCAACCGAGCAGCGCAGUCGAGACCGAGAAAAUGGUCAUCGAAUGGCGAUCGCGCUAUUUGAUGAGGUCGAGGGCACGUGGCGACGGAUGUGCCGUGACGCCGAAAGCGAGACAACAGCCGGGGCAGAGAGCACUGAAGAGCGUCUGCUUUACUAUCGCCGACAGUUUCAUCCGGGUGAGCCAGGACCGAUGAAUGGUGGCACCAAGAUGCGCAGGCAUUGACGGCUUUGCUCUGAACCAGGUUGGCCGCUCACACGAGUCGCUUACAAGGCUGCUGGUGUUCUCGCUCGACUGGUAAGUCCAAAUGGCCUCAUUAGCUAGAAUCUUUCGCCGAAUUUACCCGGAGCACUCGUACAGGGGCGGCAUGACCGCGAAGUCGAACUGCUGCGCACCCUCUUGGCACAGAGGGCGUUUCGACGGGGCAAGCGCGGCGACUGGUGGGAUCGUCUGGCACUGGUGAUGAUGCGCUAUCCACUAGGAGACGAGGCCAAAGGCGAUUGUUCACUCAAGAAGAAGGCUCGCUUGGCAAAGCAACGCAAACUCAAGGCGCUGCAAGUCUGUAUCGACGGUCUCGCCGAUCCUUACACCCACCUGAUCUACCGAUCUUCUCUGCAACGCCGAAUCUUGCGGAUCGAGUCCUCACUGGACAUUCCCAAAGAGGAGCGUCGCCGUUUCGAGGGUCUGCUGAGAAAAGCCAGCGACCGAGUGAUGGAAGGGGAGCGUCUGGACGAACCGACAAUCGGACGCAAGUCGGUCUGGCGCGCCACCGACGGCUCCGAGUGUUCGGUCGAGGAUUUGGUCCUGGAGCAAUAUGGCAAGGAGGGAUGGAAGGGGUAUCAUUCCGAGAACGGGAUCCUGUCCACGAUCUUCACUCUCUGUUUCUGGGACAUCAUCUUUGCAGAUGUGAACGGCGCGUUUGAAACUGAAUAUCAGUCGGCCCCCCUCGAUCUUCGUUCGGACGCAUUCUCGAUCGGUCAGUCCCAGGCGCCCUGCAGAAGACUUGAAGAGGCGAACUAACCCUGGAAGUACUUGUUACCCCCCGGCACGAUUGUAGUGAGAAGGCAAAUGAUCGAUGCUCGAUUGACCGCUAUCGAGAAAGGCGGGGCAGUCGAACUCCUCACAGAGGUGGAUGAUCGAGAACGACCUCAAGAUACAUGGGCUGUUGGCGUCAACUUUGCAAAGUUCACCAAGCAGGAUCUCAUCGAAGUGGUCGAGGUGAGUCACUGAGCAACAUCAGCUCUCGCCAAGCCCUCACCGCUGACGCAAGUGUGCCCCCACAGUGCAUCGGGGGUCCAGGGUUGGCGGUGUUAUCCACACAUUUUGCCGAAGAGUAUGGGCAUAAAACGGGUGGGAUGCCAGAUCUCUGGUGAGUACAAUCAGACUCGGACGGGCCAUUUUGGUAGCUCGGCUGGCCAGCUCACAUGCCCAUCACGCGUGGUUUUGGGGACCACAGUAUCUGGAACGUUGAAAAGAGUGUCUGCAAAUUCGUUGAAGUCAAGGGUCCCGGCGAUAAGCUCUCCGAAACGCAGCGGGUCUGGCUGGACGUGCUACUCCGUGCAGGCCUUGAAGUAGAGGUCUGCCGGGUGGUCACGACGGAGGAUAUGUUGGAGAUGGAUCGCGGCCGCCGGCGCGGCUCGUCGGCCUUGGGCACGGCAAAGCGACAGAAGGUCGCGUCUAGCGAUAGCGAAUCGGGUGCCCGUUGA